AUGGCUAGUAAAAGUGGUAGUGAUACCCGGAGUCGAACAAAAAAAAUGGUUUUUAAUGUUUAUAAAUUUAUAAAAGACCUAUCUAAACAAGAUAUAAUUCUUCCGUCGAUGUUUACACAGUCUCUCAAAGUCACUGCUGAAGCUUGUGGUUUAUCUGAGAGAACUGUGAAACGCAUAUGCAAGGAAGGCAAAGAUGGUUUAACAUUCGAAGAUGCAGUACAAGUACAAGGCCCAACGUUCAAGUCUCCGCGGAAAACAUAUAGACGUUCAAAACCAUUAACCGAGUUGCACGAUUUUGAUGCUGACAUUGUACGAAGAACGGUUCAUGAAUUUUAUGACAGGGGUGAGUACCCGACAGCUUUCACAAUUUUAACAAAAGUGAGGAAAAAGUGCGCUUGGGAAGGAUCUGUGUGGUCGAUGCGUUCGCUAUUAAAAAAUUUGAAAUUUUCUUUUAAAAAGUGCAACGAUGGUCGGAAAUUCCUUAUGGAAAGAAACGACAUAGUUGCACUACGUUGUACUUUUUUAAGAAAAAUAUGCACACUACGUGAACAAAAAGACACCCGUCCUAUCGUGUAUUUAGAUGAAACGUGGAUUAACCAAAACCACAGCAGAUCACGCAUAUGGCAAAAUGCUGAAGAGACCGCUGGACUAAAAGUUCCUACGGGCGAAGGAGGAGGGCGUCUCAUUAUUUUCCAUGCUGGAUCUGCGAAGUAUGGUUUUGUUAACGAUUCAAAAUUAAUUUUUCGAGCUAAUGUUAGCAACUUUGAAAGCGACUACCAUACUUCUAUGAAUGCUGAUUUAUUUAAAAAUUGGUUUAUUUCAAUGUUGAACCACCUCGAAGAGCCGUCAGUCAUCGUCAUGGACAAUGCGUCGUACCACUCAAUGCUGAUGGACAAUUUUCCCAAAAGCAAUAGCCGGAAAGCCGUUGUUGAAGAGUGGCUGAAAAAUAAAAAUGUUGAUUUUUCACCACAAGAACGGCUGUCCGAAUUACGUGAGCGAGUAAAAAAACUGAUUCCAAAGUAUAAACGGUACGAGCUGGACGAGAUAGCACUUCAAAUGGGUCACGAAGUCAUAAGGUUACCUCCCUACCAUUGUCAGUACAACCCUAUUGAGUUGAUUUGGGCACAGGUUAAAGCGGAGGUAGCCAAAAAUAACAACACAUUCAAAUUGGCGCACGCGGCUAUUGAUGCAGUGACACAAAAUGACUGGAAAAAGUAUGUUGAACACGCGGAAAAAAUUCAGAAUGAAGACAACGAAAAGGAAAUAUUGAGGAAUAUCACAUUGGAGCCAAUUAUCAUCACAUUAGAAGAGGACGACAGCGAUUGGGGCGAUGAAGAAAAUUACGACGACAUAAUUGAUGAAGAAUGUUAG